AUGGAUGGUGGAUUCGAUAACUGGCGGGAUCAGUAUCCAGUGUAUACUAAAAGUGACGGUACUUUGAAAAGAAACGAACCCAAAGAUCAAUUGGAUCAAAUGGUCAUAAACUACAAGAGAGCCUGCUUGAUGUUGGACUACCCUGACCUGUCGCCACCGCGUCCAUCCUCUCAACAACCUCGCGUUGCGACAGCGAUUAAUGGCGUAGUUCCUGCUGAUAUACAAAACCAGCCAUUGAAACACUUACCAAACGCUACUGUGAUAAGAGCUGAGGACGUGGAUGUGCAAAGCGCUAAGCGUAUGGAAACAACCUUCUCUGCUCAUGACUCGGCAGUAUCCACAUCGUCUGUCAAGGAGGCACCGUCAGCACCUCGGAGUAGUGCUGCUGCGUCAUCAGUUACGGUGUCUCCAAAAGCUGCAGGUGACGGUGAUAUGUCAGCGAUUACCUCACCCCCACUCUCUACUAACCAAAAGAGCACAGGUCCCGUAGCUCCCACACAGCAGGCACCUUCACGGCUGUCACCUGUUGAAACUUCCAAGCAUGAUCCAGGUGUGGCACAGCCAGUUGCUUCUGGAUAUCAUCCAUCAGUAUCUGUUGGGCCACCUCCAUCGGUACCUCCUCGGCUGCCUAUGGUUGAUAGAUCGAACAAACCAAAUCAGCAUUACGAUGCCGCUCAAGAGAGUAGAAUAGAAGCUGUUCGUAUUGCUCCUGUAUCGAAAACUAAUGCUCAUCCUUCACAACCUCGACUUCCUGAUCGUAGUACUAAACCUGUUCUAGUAAGUAUUGACAAGGAGCAACAAUUAUUGGAUAUUUAUAAUAGUAUGUGCGAUUCCACAGAAGGUAGCUCAAACCGUCGUAGCAGUCCGCGACCUGGUUAUACUGGUCUUUAUAACAUGGGUAAUACGUGUUUCAUGAAUGCAACCCUUCAG